CCACUAUCUCCACGGAAAGAAACACUUGACUUCUUCUGAUUGGGGUUUGAUUAUCAUCAUACCUAGUCAGUUUACUUCUUUCCUAUCAUCCCAGCUAUGUCGGUCCAAUCCCAUCACACACACAUCCAUCACUGGCUUCCGAUCAUCCUCACAGACCUAUCACUCAGCGUAUAUCUCAACUCACUUCCCACUUGACUAACUCCAUUCGAGAUACUAUCAAUAUGUCUCCAAAGGGUGAUAUCGGUCUCAUUGGCUUGGCCGUCAUGGGCUGUAAUUUGAUCAUGAACAUGAAUGACAAGGGUUUUACUGUCGUGGCCUACAAUCGUACAGUCUCUAAAGUUGACGAGUUCCUAGCAGACCAAGCUAAGGGCUCCAACGUAAUUGGAGCUCACUCCGUCGAAGAACUUUGCUCAAAUCUCAAGACACCCAGGCGAAUCAUCCUCUUAGUCAAGGCCGGUGCGGCUGUUGAUGCUUUCAUCGAACAACUUUUGCCUCAUCUCGAAAAGGGUGACAUCAUCAUCGAUGGUGGUAACUCUCUCUACACCGACUCGACUCGCCGUUGCAAAGAGUUAGAGGCCAAGGGUCUAUUCUUCGUUGGAUCGGGUGUUUCCGGUGGUGAAGAGGGCGCUAGAUACGGACCUUCGCUCAUGCCCGGUGGUUCCGAAGGCGCAUGGCCGCACAUCAAGGAGAUUUUCCAAAAGACUGCUGCUCAAUCCGAAGGUGAACCCUGCUGUGAUUGGGUCGGUCAAGAAGGAGCCGGACAUUACGUCAAGAUGGUCCACAAUGGUAUCGAAUACGGUGACAUGCAAUUGAUUUGCGAGGCGUAUGAUAUCUUGAAGCGCGGUCUUGGUCUCUCGGAGGCUGAGAUCGGAGACAUUUUCACCACUUGGAACAAGGGUGUCCUUGACUCCUUCCUCAUGGAGAUCACUCGUGAUAUCCUUAAAUUCAAUGAUACCGACGGUACUCCACUUGUGACCAAAAUCCUUGACCAAGCUGGCCAAAAAGGAACCGGCAAGUGGACUGCUAUCAACGCUCUCGACCUUGGUAUGCCUUUGACCCUCAUCGGGGAAGCAGUGUUUGCUCGAUGCCUCUCGGGUAUCAAAUCGGAAAGAGUAAAGGCUAGCAAGUUGCUAGGAGGUCCCCAAAUUGAGCCCUUCAAAGGAGACAAAAAGCAAUUCAUUGAUGAUUUGGAGCAAGCGAUGUAUGCUAGUAAAUUGAUAUCUUACGCUCAAGGAUUCAUGUUGAUGCGCGAAGCUGCAAAAGAGUAUGGCUGGACCUUGAACUACCCCUCGAUCGCUUUGAUGUGGCGUGGUGGAUGUAUCAUUCGAUCAGUCUUUUUGGCCGAAAUCACCAAAGCUUUCAAGGCUGAGCCAGAUCUUCAAAACUUGUUGUUUAACGAUUUCUUCAACCAAGCAAUCCACAAAGCGCAACCAGGAUGGCGUCGAAUCAUCGCUCAAACCUCACUCUGGGGCAUCCCCACUCCUGCUUUUUCCACCGCACUAGCUUUCUUUGAUGGAUACAGAUCUGAGAGACUUCCUGCUAGCUUGUUGCAAGCUCAGCGAGAUUACUUUGGUGCCCAUACCUUCAGAAUCUUACCGGAACACGCCAGUGAUAAAUACCCUGAAGGCAAAGAUCACCAUGUGAACUGGACUGGCCGAGGUGGAAACAUUUCAGCAACUACCUAUGGAGCUUAAAUUAUUUUUGUAUUGUAACCUCAGGCACAAAAUUGUAACUCAACAAGCCUUUUUUAUCUAAAUGUGUGAUGCUGUCCACCUCGAAUAAGUAAGGCAUUCGAAGUCUCGACUUCCAAACAUUGGGCUAUCCUUAUCCGCAAAAGCAGAUCUCGACAUAUUUUCCUCUCGUCGAUUGAUCGGUCAUAUCAUAGGUGCAAGGGACGUGAUAUUCGUUCCGAUGUUCUAGAAUUCAAACAGGAAACAGUGCAGUGCAAUGUAAUAUAAAGAAUGUUACAUUUAUGAAUUCCU